CCUCCUCCCCCAGCCGCGCCAUGGGUGACGCGUUCCGGAGGGCGGAGUCGGGCACUCAGCUACUUGCACGACUUGAGGGCAGAAGUUCUCUGAAGAAUCUUGAACCUUAUCUGUUUGCUGAGGAAGCAUCUCCUGUUCAUGGAGAUAUCAUUGAAUUCCACGGUCCAGAAGGAACAGGAAAAACAGAAAUGCUUUAUCACCUAAUAGCCCGCUGUGUCAUUCCAAAAUCAGGAGGAGGACUGGAAGUAGAAGUCAUGUUCAUUGAUACAGACUACCAUUUUGAUAUGCUUCGUCUAGUUACCAUUCUUGAGAACAGAUUAGCGCAAAGGACGGAAGAAAUGAUAAAGCAAUGCCUGGGAAGGCUUUUUCUUGUGAACUGCAAUACUAGCACUCAGUUACUCCUCACUCUCUACUCUUUAGAAAACAUGUUUUGCACUCACCCCUCUCUCUGCCUUUUGAUUUUGGAUAGCAUAUCAGCUUUUUAUUGGAUAGACAGAAGCAAUGGAGGGGAGAGUCUUAACUUGCAGGAGAUGAAUCUGAAGAAAUGUGCUAAUUUUCUUGAAAAGCUUGUGAGAGAGCAUCACUUAGCCCUCUUUGCGACAACACAGACACUUAUGCAGAAAUCUACAAACUCUGCAGAAAGCUUUUUUCCUGUAAAACUUCAACAUGAAACUGAUACAGACUAUAGACCUUAUCUUUGUAAAUCAUGGCAACAAAUGGUAACCCACAGGAUAUUUUUCUCUAAGCAAUGCAGUUCUGGCAACAGCAAAGGUUUUACAGUCAUUUCUUGCCACCUCAAAAGAAACCAUGUAGUAAAACGCUCAUUUAGUGUUGCAGAAUGUGGAGUUCAGUUUUAACUUCAGUUUGUUUUUUAAACGUGUAGCAAAUCCUGGUGCUUAAGGCCUGAUUAGGUCUAAGUAGUUUUUAGUACCUUUUAAACUAGUUGGUUGUUGCUGGGUGAUUUUUUGUCACCAUUUUCUUAAAAUUUAGUGAAGGGCAGGAAAUGGUAAAACUUUUGAAUUACUGUAGACGUUCAGUCCAAACUAGCGAGGAAUGUUGAAAUUACUUGUGCUUAAUGCAUAAAGAGAUUAAAUCAAGAAAAUUAUAACCAAAGACAUUUUAAACUAGUAUCCGUCAGUAAUGUAACCUAUGUGAUAUGCGGCCAAAUGCACUGACUUCAUUUCUGGGUCUUACUGCUUUACACUCCUCCUCUUCCAAGCUACAGAAACAGGAGCCUAGUUGUCCGUGGGGGAGACUGCAAAAAGGCGAGUGUUCGCUCUUUAUAAAUACUGGUCUUGGUUUAUUCCCAGUAGCCUAGGGCGUAUGAAAUGCAUUCACGACUUUGCCUGAAGAAGAGGAUUCAUUUUCACAGCCUGUUAAAUAGUGGUAAUCCUCACCAUGCUUCUCCAAGCUUGCAGCCUGUUUACGUUCGCAUGUGCUUGGAGAAGCAGGGAUUGCAGGUGUUCUGACCCUUAGAAACAUCUGGGUUUGAAGAAUCUACAGCUAUCGCCGAAAUGGAGGCCUGAUUUCCAUAACUGAAGGAAAACUUAAAGACCCGGCU